GAUAAUACUUGUAAUGAUGUCAAAGUUGAAGAAAAUUAUAAUAGUGCUAAAAAUAAAGUAGUUUGUAAUAAUGCUGAAGAUAAAGAUAUUUAUAAUGGUACUAAAGGAGAAGUAAUAUAUAUUGAUACUAAAGGUAAAGAUACUUGUAAUGUUAAAAGUAAAGAUACUUGUAGUGAUGAUAAAAGUAAAGAUUUUUCUAAAGAUU